AUGCCGACUGAAGCUGCAACAUCUAACGUUGAUUCCAACUCGGUAGUUGAAUAUAAUCCAAAAUUACAUAAAGCGCCGUUUUCAGUUAUUGCCUUGUGUAUUACAACAGUACUGGGAACAUACUUUUCAUCUGUUACUUUAAUUGAACUAAGUCUUUCCAGCUAUUGUCAACAACAUCAGCAACCAGAAUUAUAUUCGCAAUAUUUAAAUUUUAAAAGGAAUGCCCCUAUAUGGAAAUAUUGGCAAAUAUUAACAUUAUGUAUUUUACCCAUUCGUGCAUUUGUUAUAACACGUGAUGUUUUACAAUGUUUAACAAGAAAAGCAAAUGGUCGAAGACAUUUAUUAGAUUUUAUUAAUUUUGUUCAGUUCUAUACACUAUUAUAUACUACAAGGAUGAAAGUAUUACCAUUAGAAACAGAACUAAUCAAUAGUAAAAUCCCUUCAUUUCAAACAGUCGAACAAUUAACACUGUUAUAUUCGAUAUUAUUAGUACUUAAUAUUACUGGAUGGUUAUUACCAUUUUUCAGAUAUUCUAAUUGGAAAUCAGAUCCAGUAUUUCAUCCGUCUAUUAUAAAAAUUAAAAAAAUAGAAUAG